UUUAUUUCACCUUUCCGCCUGCAAGGUACAGCCACACUUUGAAUGUAGGCUGCUGAACCAGUCAGAGUGGAGACAGAUCUAUCAGGCAUGUCAGAGUAAGACUAUGUUCCUUCUUAAUAGAGAGCUGUCUGAACAGCCUGUCGUGCCAGCAGGUGACUCAGGUACAGUUCACGUUGAGGUUCUUCCUCCAGCUGUUGCGUUCACGGCGCCUCCUGCAGGGCAGUGCCCGAGCUCGCAAGGAACAUGGCUACUGCAGUCAGGAUGAGGACGUGGAGCUGUCCGACCAGAGGAGUUUUCUGUCCAUGGGGAGUCCUUUUUGUAGUUUUAUUCAGCACCAUAAAUGCGGUCGUUGCAGCUCCAGAGCCAGGACUGUGGACAAUCACAGUUGUAAAUACCUCAAGACCACUGCUGUUAAAGAAAUCCAUGUAUAAAGACACUGACAUUGAAUUGAAAGUUGUUUCUUUUGGCUGUCCUGUGGAGAUGUUCUUCACUAUUCACUGGUAUUUAAAGUACUACCCCUGUCACAAUGAAUUCAACAAUAUUGAAGAAAUGUAUGAGAGAACCCCACUGAGUCGUGGGGAAAGCCUGGAUCCAAAUCCCCUUGCACCAGGAGAGUUUAUCGAACACAAACACAGUCCCAUGAAGUGCAGCAGUGAUCUGCGCUCGUUUAAAAUGCUCAAAAAAGCCAAGGCAGAUCCACGUGUAGUCCUUCCACCACCUGAUGACAAAGUGCCAGAUGAAAGUGAGACUGACAGCAAAUGGAUUACUGAGGAGUACGACAGCAGCAGCACCACGAAGAACAGCAGUGUAAAUAUCAAAGACAACGUCAUAGCCACCACAUGGAAGGACGGGCCUUACCUGCUGGUUGUUAAGAUUGUGUCUAGUAACCAGGAUGCCAACUGGAAUUUAACAGUUAAUGUGGUGAUGAAAGGCAGCCAUGGCUACAUUUCUAUCACAGAAUGGCCUCUCAUGAUUUUCUACAUGGUGAUGUGCAUAAUGUACAUCCUGUACGCCCUGCUGUGGUUUGUCUGGGCAGCGUGCUACUGGAAGGAUCUGCUGAGGAUCCAGUUCUGGAUAGCAGGGGUCAUAUUCCUCGGGAUGGUGGAGAAGGCUGUCUUCUGCGCCGAAUAUGAAAACACCAAUGCUGUCGGCUCUGCUUCUUCAGGCUUGUUGAUCUUUGCCGAGCUGGUCUCUGCCCUCAAGAGAACUUUGGCUCGAUUGCUCGUCAUCAUCGUCAGUCUCGGCUAUGGCAUUGUAAAGCCUCGACUGGGGACAGUAAUGCACAGAGUUGUGGGGCUCGGUAUCCUUUACUUCGCCUUUGCUAGCAUUGAAGGUGUCCUGAGGAUUACUGGGGCGAAAGACUCUGACUUGGCCCUGCUAGCCAACAUUCCCCUGGCUCUGCUUGACUCCUCUCUAUGCUGGUGGAUCUUUGUCAGCCUGGCACAAACCAUCAAGACUCUGAAGCUGAGGAGAAACCCUGUCAAGUUGUCUCUCUACAGGCACUUUACGAACACACUAAUAUUUGCUGUGAUUGCUUCCAUUAUUUUUAUGGGUUGGACAGCAAAAAAAUUCAGACUAGCAGAUUGCCAGUCUGAUUGGAUUGAGCUGUGGGUGGAAGAUGCUUUCUGGAGGUUCCUGUUCUCCAUCAUUCUACUUGUCAUAAUGUUUUUAUGGAGACCAUCUGCAAACAACCAAAGGUAUGCUUUCACACCUCUCAUUGAUGACUCUGAUGAUGAGGAGAUUGAGGAGUUCAUCGCCUCUGCAAACCUCGCAGAUGGCAUUAAGUUGAGAGCAACUAAAAGUGAGAUGAAUGGCACAGUGAAGCCGACAGAAACAAACCCAGAUGAAGACUUGAAGUGGGUGGAGGAUAACAUUCCUAGCUCUCUUACUGAUGUAGCUCUACCAGUCCUGCUCGACUCAGAUGAGGAAAUCAUGACAACAAAGUACGAGAUGUCAAAACUGGAGUGAGGCAAAACAUUUCCAGCCCUCAGCUGACAUGGAGGGAGAACAUAGCAGCUGUCCCUGACUCUGCAGCCGGGUUUUCUCCAGGAUUUCCAGUCGGGUGGUGGUGGAGUGCCAUUUAGUUUUUCAGGGUAUCCUCCUAAAAGGCUACUACUUUGCAGGGUGGUGCAGGUCACAGUUUAGGAGGACCUCUACUCAUUUCCUCAACUUCUCAAGAACAAAAAACUCUAUCAGAGGAAGACUGUCUUUUCACCGACCAACUGGUUCACUGUUUCCUUGAUAUGAUCAGUUUUGAGCCUUUCCUUCCAAAGAGAAUGUUUCAUUUUUUAAUAAGUGCUGUAUUUAUUUCUGUUAUGUAGAUGUGAAUUAAUUUUAUCAGAGAACUGAUAAGAGUGGGCCUCAUGCAUGAAAAUGCAAGUGUGUUUUUGAGCGUAUCUAUAUAUUAUUGGUUGGUUGCAAUAAGAUAAGAUGCUUAUUAAUGAUGGGGGAAAAUAAUUAAAAUGCCUUUUUUCUCAGUUAUUAAUAUAAAGAAUGAUUUAUCUCAGCUAUUUUUGCAGCGAGAAGAGGAACAGAGAGUUUGACUUCAGGGUGUAUGGAUUACUUACAAACAGGAUCUUUCUUUAUUUAUAAAUAUAUAAUUGUUAAGUUCACAGAAGUUAUGAAAUUAAGUAAUUUUCAUGUGACUGAGUGCAACACUUUUUUGUUGCCAGCAUUCAAAAUCUGAGACAAAAAAUUCAGAAAAUUAAACUUUGAAUAGAACAUUUGCUCUAAUGCACUUUGAGGAUCAAAGCUGUGCCUACAUGUAGUUCUUGUGUUAGGCCUAUUCUGUUCCAGAACUGAGAACAAUAUGUAUGAAAGUGGUGUUCAUGUCUCAGAUUGAAACUACCUGGCAUCCUCAGUAUUGGUGUGUGAAUGAGUGUGUGUGUGAGGCACGAAGCUUCAAACAAGUGAUUUGUUCAAUUUGAAUUGAAAUGUUACUGGGUUCAGUAGUGUAGAAUUGGGGUUUGGUGUCAUGACUGUGUGCGUGCAGGUGGCCAGGUUUUGCGUCGUCUGAAAAAAACAGCAAUAUACUGUAUGUAUGUUGUAAUAAUUUCAUUAUUUAUUUGUGUACCAAGUGUACUUAUAAGUUGUUAGGUGUGUGUUCACCGAUGUUUACUCUAAGUGUUUGCAACAUGUGCUUCCAUUUCUUUAAUAACUUGGAUCCUGAGCAGUCUCACAGUGUAUUAGGCAAGCAGCAAACUGCUGCCUGUUUGGUUAUUUCUUCACAAUGUUUGGUUUCUUUGAAGAUGAAAUCAUUGUAUUGGUUUUACAGACUCUAAUGUUCAUGGUCUUUCAGAUAAGUCUUAAUAUGUUUAUUUUUAAAAAUGGCAGGCCUGGUGUUUUUGUCUGUGUAGUUUUGGAGUUGGAAACACUGUUGUUGUCUUCAUGCUUGUUGUCUUGAGUAAAUGUCACAGCAGGACUUGUAAUCUUGUCUGUCUAGGCCAUCCCUUAUUAUGACACACUAGAUAAGUUACGUGGUUAGCACAAGCACAAGCUGAUCAUCUGAAUGGGUUUAUUAUGUCACUAUUUUCUGUUUUUUUUCUGGGUUGGAAACAUGGAAUAAUUGUGCUUAUGAUGGCAAGCUGUCCUUCUGUUAUAUAAAACUGCAGACACCUGCAGUGGACCUUGAUUAUUUAUACAGAUGGGUUGUGGCUCAUUCCUGUUAUUUCAUAAUUCCAGAGGUGGAGAGGUGUCUGGAUAAUAUGACUUGACUUUUUUCUUCUUUUUUUUUCAUUGGUGUCAUGAAGAACUGGGCUUGAACUUUUCAUACCAGCAGUUUUCUUCUGUCUUCCUACAUAGGAAGUAUGUACACUCAGAUUAAAUAUGAAUCGAGUACACAAGAA